AUGUCCAUUGACUUCCCCAAGGAGGAGCUCGCUGUCAUUGCGAAAUGGCGGGAGAUCAAGGCCUUCGAGCGCCAGGUCGAGCUCUCCAAAGAUAAGCCUCCAUAUGUUUUCUACGAUGGUCCUCCGUUUGCGACCGGUCUGCCGCACUAUGGCCACAUGUUGGCUUCCACCAUCAAGGAUAUCAUCCCCAGGUACUGGUCCAUGAAGGGUUACCAUGUUCCCCGGCGCUUUGGUUGGGACACCCAUGGUCUUCCCAUUGAACAUGAGAUCGACAAGAAGUUUGGCAUCACCGGCAAGGCCGCUGUCAUGGAGAUGGGCCUCGAGAAGUAUAACUCGGAGUGUCGAGGCAUUGUUAUGAGAUAUCGGGAAGAGUGGCGCGAAACCAUCGAACGACUCGGUCGCUGGAUUGACUUUGACAAUGACUACAAGACUAUGGAUACCAACUUCAUGGAAUCUGAGUGGUGGGCCUUCAAGCAGCUCUGGGAGAAGAACUCGGUAUACCAGGGAUACAAGGUCAUGCCAUACUCAUGCGCCCUUACUACAGCAUUGUCGAAUUUCGAGGCGAACCAGAACUACCAGGAUGUCAGUGAUCCCGCUGUCGUCGUCUCGUUCCCACUUGAGAGCGAUCCCAGCACCCACCUCUUGGCAUGGACAACAACCCCAUGGACUCUACCAUCCCAUCUCGGUCUUGCAGUACACCCCAACUUUGAGUACAUCAAAGUGCUCGACGAGAAGUCGGGCAACAACUACAUCAUCCUGGAGAAGCUUCUCACAACGCUCUACAAAGACCCGAAGAAGGCCAAGUACAAGAUUGUGGAGAAGGGCAUCAAGGGUAAGGACAUGUUGGGAUGGAAAUACACCCCUCUUUUCGACUACCUUGUCCCCGAGUUCGGAGAUGUCGCCUUCAAGGUCCUCAAUGCAGAAUACGUCACAAACGACAGCGGUACAGGUAUCGUUCACCAGGCUCCCGCGUUUGGUGAGGAUGAUUACAAUGUCGCUCUGGCCGCCGGCAUCAUCAACGAGAAGCGCCCGCCCCCGGAUCCCCUCGAUGAUCGUGGAGUCUUCACCGACAAGAUCCCCGACUUCGCUGGCAUGCACGUCAAGGACGCCGAUAAGCACAUUAUCAAGUAUCUCAAAGGUACCGGAAGGCUUGUGGUGGACUCUCAGUUGAAGCACUCGUACCCAAUGUGUUACCGCUCAGAUACGCCUCUGAUCUACCGUGCCGUACCAUCUUGGUUCAUCCGCGUCCCUGAGAUUAUCCCGCAGAUGUUGAAGAACCUCGAGGGCACGCACUGGGUCCCUACUUUCGUCAAGGAGAACCGAUUCGCCAACUGGAUUGCUGGUGCGCGCGACUGGAACGUUUCUCGAAAGCGAUACUGGGGUACUCCUCUUCCUAUCUGGGCGAGUGAGGACUUGGAGGAGAGAGUCUGCAUCGGUAGCAUUGAGGAGCUCAAGAAGUUGAGCGGAUAUGAAGGCGAAAUCACUGACCUGCACCGAGACAAGAUUGACCACAUCACCAUCCCCAGCAAGCAGGGCAAGGGUGACCUGAAGCGCAUUGAGGAUGUGUUUGAUUGUUGGUUCGAGUCAGGAAGCAUGCCUUAUGCCAGUGUGCACUAUCCUUUUGAGAACAAGGAGAUUUUCUCAAAGGGUUUCCCUGGUGACUUCAUCGCCGAAGGUCUUGACCAGACCCGUGGCUGGUUCUACACCAUGGUCGUUCUGGGCACUCAUCUGUUCGACGUUGUGCCGUUCAAGAACUGCGUUGUGAACGGUAUGGUCUUGGCCGAAGACGGCAAGAAGAUGUCGAAGCGCCUCAAGAACUACCCCGAUCCUUCGAUCAUUUUCGAGAAAUACGGUUCCGACGCGCUGCGUUUGUACAUGAUCAGCUCACCUGCUGUCAGAGCAGAGCCUCUGCGCUUCAAGGAGGCAGGUGUGAAGGAAAUUGUCAAGAACGUGCUACUGCCUUUCUGGAACAGCUACAAGUUCUUCGAGGGACAAGUUGCACUACUCAAGAAGGUGGAAAAUGUCGAUUACGUGUUUGAUCCCACGAUGGAGAGCAGCAACGAGAACGUCAUGGACAAAUGGAUCCUGGCCAGCUGUCAGAGUCUGCUGCAAUAUGUCAACCAAGAGAUGGCUGCCUAUCGCUUGUAUACUGUCGUGCCGCGCCUGCUGCAACUCAUUGACGACACCACGAACUGGUACAUCAGGUUCAACCGAAAGCGUCUGAAGGGAGAGUACGGUGUUGAGGACACCAAGCAUGCCUUGAACAGCUUGUUUGAGGUCCUUUUCACCCUAUGCAGAGGACUGGCCCCUUUCACGCCUUUCAUUACGGAUAACAUUUACGCCAAGCUGCUGCCACACAUUCCUAAGGAGCUCCAAGCAGAGGACCCACGGAGUGUACACUUCCUGGCUUUCCCCGAAGUCCGCGAGGAGUUGUUCAACCCGGUCAUCGAAAGACAAGUCGCCCGUAUGCAAAAGGUCAUUGAGCUGGCCAGAGUGUCCCGCGAGCGCAAGACCAUCGGUCUUAAGACACCGCUUAAGACCCUUAUCGUUCUCCAUCGUGAUCAGCAGUACCUGGAUGAUGUCAAGUCUCUCGAAACGUACAUUACAGAGGAACUCAACGUUCGGGAUCUUGUGUUGUCUUCAGACGAGACUAAAUACAACGUGCAAUACAGCGUCACCGCAGACUGGCCUGUGCUGGGUAAGAAGCUCAAGAAGGAUAUGGCCAAGGUCAAGAAAGCCUUGCCCAAUGUUACAAGUGAUGAUGUGCGAAAAUACACCGAAGACAAGUACAUUGUUGUAGACGGCAUUCGUCUCGAAGAAGGCGAUCUUGUCGUAAGACGCGGGCUGAAGGAGGACUCUUCUUCGAAGAAUCUCGAGACCAAUACCGAUCAAGACGUCUUGACCAUCCUCGACGCGGAGUUGUAUUCUGAACUUGCGCACGAGGGUAUCGCCCGCGAGGUUGUCAACCGCGUGCAGCGUCUCCGCAAAAAGGCUGGUCUUGCACCGACCGACGACAUUAAGAUGGAGUACAAGGUUAUUUCAGACCCGGAGAACAUUGGUCUACAGGAGGUAUUCACCACCCAAACAGCGGCUUUCGUGAAGGCAUUACGGAGGCCACUUGACAAGCACGAGAUCACGCAAGUAAACGGGGAGAUUCCCGAGGAGAAGCAGGAGGGCAUCAUUGCAGAGGAGGAACAAGAAGUGCAGAACGCGACGUUUCUGCUGAGACUUCUGAAGUUAUAA